CAUGUGCGGGGUCCCGCAGCCGCCGCUCUCCCAAGCGCUUCAACAGAUCGCGAGCCAUGGCGGAGACGGAAGCGAGCCUGCUGCGCCAGUUUCCGCUGCUUCUGCCCCAGAACCGGGCGAAAACCGUGUAUGAAGGAUUCAUUUCAGCUCAGGGAAGAGAUUUCCACCUUAGAAUAUUGCUGCCCAGAGAUUUACAACUGAGGAAUGCAAGAUUAUUAUGUAGUUGGCAGCUGAGAACAGUACUUAAUGGAUAUCAUCAUGUAGUACAACAGAGAAUGCAGCACUCUCCUGAUCUAGUGAGCUUUAUGAUGGAGUUGAAGAUGGUUUUGGAAGUUGCUUUAAAGAAUAAAAAAGAGCUAUAUGUGCUACCUCCUCCUCCCCAGUUCUACUCAAGCCUUAUAGAAGAGAUAGGAACUCUUGGUUGGGAUAAGCUUGUGUAUGUGGAUACUUGCUUUAGUACCAUCAAGUUAAAAGCCGAAGAUGCUUCUGGUAGAGAGCAUCUAAUCACUGUCAAGUUGAAGGCGAAGUACCCUGCAGAACCACCAGAUUGUAUUGUGGAUUUUCCUGUUUCAUUUUCUGUUUCCUGGACACCGCAGAGCUCCUUAAUAAGCAUUCAUAGUCAGUUUUUGGCAGCACUGGAAUCACUGAAGGCAUUCUGGGAUGUUAUGGAUGAAAUUGAUGAGAAGACUUGGGUACUUGAGCCAGAAAAACCUACACGGAGUGCUACCACACGCAGAAUUGUAUUAGGGAAUAAUGCUUCAAUAAAUAUAGAGGUAGACCCCAGGCAUCCUACUAUGCUUCCUGAGUGCUGUUUUCUUGGAGCUGACCAUGUGGUAAAACCUCUGGGAAUUAGGCUGAGCAGAAACAUACAUUUGUGGGAUCCAGAAAAUAGUCUGUUACAAAAUUUGAAAGAUGUUUUAGAAACUGACUUUCCAGCUCGUGCUAUCCUGGAAAAAUCUGAUUUUUCUAUGGAUUGUGGAAUUUGUUAUGCCUAUCAACUUGAUGGUGCCAUUCCUGAUCAAGUGUGUGAUAAUUCACAAUGUGGACAGUCUUUCCAUCAUAUAUGCUUAUAUGAGUGGUUGAGAGGACUACUGACGAGUAGACAGAGUUUUAACAUCAUGUUUGGUGAAUGUCCAUAUUGUAGUAAGGUAAUUUAACCUUUGAGCAGAUGAAUAACAGUCCGUGUCAUCUAAUACUGUGGACCAGUAUCAGAGGUUAAAUUCUACAACAAGCUUGCUGUUUCUAAGGUUUCUUUUUCACACCAUGCUGUUAUCUGGGGGAUGACUGACUCUCAAUAACCCUGAAGUAGACACGGAAAUAGAAGGGCAGAUCCCACUAUACAGUCGGAAGAUUGAAAGCCACAGUGAAGAUCCUUAUGUGAAGUAUUUGUUCAGCAGCUUCAUGUUUACAGCAGCUGAAAGUGCCAUCACCUUUUUUCAUGGGUUAAAUAGGGGGCAGAAGAUAGGAACAGUACAAGGAGAAAUAAUGGAGGAGCCAGUGCCAAACUAGAGAAUGAAUUGCAUUGGCUGGGCAAGCAGAGCCUUAAUUUCUACUCUCCCAGUUUUUAGCUUCUAUUGCCAAGUGUGUUCACUCCUUCCCUUUAAAAUAUGCUGGUGUUUUGUGGCUAGGUUUAAGCUGUCACAACACCAUUCUUUAUUCACCCCUCCUCCCGGAUCCCAGCUUCUCAAAGGAUAGCAAAGCCACUGCUUCUCAGUAACCUGAAAAUUGGAACUGCUUUCUGAUCACUCAGGGGUUCUUUAUUUCUACCACUCAACUCUCCCCAACUCCUAGGAAAAUUCCUGUGUAACCAUCUUCUGAGCCAGUUUUCCAUUGAAGUCAUCUUGGUAAUAAAUGCCCAUCACACCACUAGUGUGAAACAAAGGGUUUCCCAAAGCUGUUGUACAGUUUUAUGCUAAUAAAAUGCUGGCUUGCCAAUCACUGUGAAAUGUGUUCUGUGACAUAAAGGAUUAGUUGAGAUAUUAAUUGAGGAUUUUAGUGCCUCCUAUAUGCUAGGCACUUUAGGUAUAACAGUUUUUGGCCUGGGAGCCUUUGAUGUACAAACAAAAUUUGGUCUAAUAUAUUCAGUCCUCUGUGAGGCCUCCUGGAAGAGACAGUGCCUCCUGGAUCUGCUGUCAGUUGGCUGGAUGGUUACACUGUGCUGCCAUGAGCACUUCUAGCUAAUAAACAAAAUGAUAUCCAGUUUGUGGAAAAUUUCUAUUUCUAGGGAAACUUUUAAAAUGGUAAGAGUGAAGAGGGAUCAUGAAGUUUAACCCGUAAUUGUGAACAGAGUAAAACUUUUUCUCAAAGAUAUAAAAGUAAAUAUAGAAGACGCUCUGGUUAUCCCAUAUAAUCAAUAGAAGGAUACUGUCCAAAUGUGUGUCACUUUCCAGAAAGUGGCUAUUCAAAUAAGGUAAUUUUUAUUUAAUUUUCCAUUGGCAUGCUGUUUUACUAAAUAAGGAAUACUCAUUCAAUAAGCAAAAAUGUGAUUAUGAAUUUAUAUUCUACUUUUUCUCACAGAAAAUAAAUAUGAAAACAAGUUUAAUAGAAUUAUUUUGAGAAUUAAAGCUCAAGAAAGAAUUCUGUAGACUUUUAAGUUCAAUACAAAGAUUACUACUACCAAUAAUAAUCUAUUCACUCCUGGAUUUGCUAUGCAAACCUCAGAUUCAGGGUAAGUGAAGAAACAAACAUUUUCUUGUCUGAAAAGUAGGACAGCUUGAACGUUUUAACUAUGACCUACAGCUACUCCUCUGCCUCAGUAAAGCUUUCAGGAGGGAUGAGUGGCUCACUGUGCUUGAGUGUCUAUAAAAUUACAAUAUGGAUUCAGGCAUCAGAAUAAGGAGGGAGAUAUUGGUAAACUGAUAAAAGGAUUCGCUACUGGCUCUUGAGGAAACAGAUUAUUCAAGAGAUAAAUUAAGGCCUCCAGUGAUGCUGGUUUCCAGCUUGGCUUCAGCAUUCUCAUCCAGGAAUUCUAGAGCUUUAGCUCACCUCAGUAAGCAUUCUUAUUGAAUAUUGUUUCCUUCAGUGAAUUUUGGACAUUACAUCCCAAUGGAUGGCAUAAAUAGACUGAGGUAGCCCUAAUGAUAGAUUCUUCUAAUUUGAUGAUGCUACCUCUGGAGCCUUCAGAAGUACUAGAGAGUAAUUUCAGCUGUAUGUACUGUCAUUUUGAUUGAGGCAAAUACCCCAAAAGAUUUGCUUUUCAGGAAAACACAUCAAUGUCUACUGUCUUGACAAAAGUUCCUUUCCAAUUUAACUCCAGUAACAGUAUUUGAGGACUUCAGGAAGAAGGCUUAGUUUAUAGGGAACAGUGUACAAUGCCUAGUAAAACCUAGUAUUGGAAAAAUCUUUUUUUUUCUUUUUUUUUGCAAAAAGAUGCUGUAAGUUUGCUGAGAUUCUUAUGGUGAUGUGCUAUUUUCUAAUACCUAAGCAAAACAUAUUUUUGUUAUAACUACUAAAUUUAAAAGGCACAAAACACUUAUACUGAGGGAAAUAACACUUAAAAAAUUAAACAUUCAUAACUUUCCUUUGAAUACUGAAUGUUUCCUGGUCCACUGACUUCUUUUUAAGUAUCUUUGUCCAAAAAGUAUAAGUCUAGAGUUCAUUAUUUAUUCUGUUUAAUAAUUAUAUCCAUGUAUAGAGUAACAAGAAAUGUUUUUAGAUACUAUAAGGGGAUUCUGUCUAAAAAGAGAGAAAUUUGGGGCCAUGUGACUGAUAUUCAUUCUGGACUUAAAAAUGAUUUUUGUUAUGGAAGCAAUCAAUUGUGGAAACUAUCCUUGCUCAUUUAGGAAAACUGAGUUCAGGACAGUUUAUAUUAGCAUUACUGGGCUUUUGAUCAUUUUCAAGUUUGGUUUUUGCAGCAUUUCAAAAUCUGUAAGCUUAAUUUAAAAAUAAAAAGAUGCUUAAGGUGUCAUAUAUGGUGAACCUGUAUCUUAUAAUUAAAUAUAUUAGUGUACUCAAAAUACUAGAGAAACAAAGUCUUUCUUAAUAAAUAUUGAUCUGCUAUGAAAUAUAUCCCUGAUUCAUCUUAAUGUCUGUAUACUGAGGCUGAUCAUAUUGUUAACAGAAAUUAACUAAAGUCUUAAGAAUGCAUAUUAUUCUUA